AUGUCUGACGUACAGACUUCCAUGGUUGAGGAUAAGACUGAGGCUAACAGAGAUAGCGUAAAAAUACCUCUUUUCUGGGUCGACAAACCAGAAAUUUGGUUCUACCAAGUGGAAGCCCAGUUCGCCAUUAGUGGAAUAACCAGCAAGGAGACGAAGUUCAAUUACCUCAUGGCCCAGCUCGAACCACGAUUUAUCGAAAAUAUCUGGGAUACAAUAAAGGAUGCUGGAACCAAUAAAUAUUCUGCUGCUAAAGCACAUUUGAUGCAGACGUUUAAAGAAAGUGAAAAAUCUAAAAAUCAAACAUCUCCUUACGGGAUUAGAUCUGGUGCAGCUCUCAUCAGUAUAGUGAUUGCCGAUGUUUCUGAUGUAUUGUUGGAGAUUGCCGCCGAUGUUGCUGAUGUAUUGUUGGAGAUUGCCGAUGUUUCUGAUGUUUUGUUGGAGAUUGCUGAUGUUGCUGAUGUAUUGUUGGAGAUUGCCGAUGUUGCUGAUGUAUUGUUGGAGAUUGCGGAUGUUUCUGAUGUAUUGUUGGAGAUUGCCGAUGUUGCUGAUGUAUUGUAUUCCGGAGAAAGCUUGGAUUUUUAUCUGUGCGGCAUGGAGAGCAUAAAUCGUUUGAUUACAAAAAAAAAUUUGCUGAGAGACAGUGGAGAGCAAGAUAGCCGUUUGAGUUGGGACCAAAAGGCUGACAGAACUUCAUCUGUAAAAUUCAUAGAAGAUGAGAAGGAAGUCGAUGAUAUUGAAGACAAGGAGACUCAGUUUGUGCGGCAUGACACACCACAUCCACGAGAGUUAAAAGCUAGGCACAAUAAGUUGCUUGUUAGCAAGUCUAAAAACAUUGAUGGUCAUGUUGUGGCCCAUGAAGAGAAAGGAAAUGAAAUAAUUGAUAGUUUUAGGCCACAGAGGUCUAGUAUUACAUCAGUUACGUCUUCAAGUUCAGAGACAUCAGCUACUCAGUUCAAAGAUGCUGUUCAGAGUUUAGCAGAUAUUCCAGAUUCUGAUGACCUACCAGAAAUAGACCAAAUUCCAGAUGAGAAUUCAACUGAUCUAGAAAUAAACCGUCCCUUGUAUAGAGCUCAAACUCGAGAAGAUCUAUUAGAUGAAGAUUCUGGUGGUGACAGUUCUGACAGGGAUAUUGAAAAACAUGUUGGAUUUGAAACUGAUAUUGAAGACCAGUCUGAUAAACCCAACAAAUUACAUCGGCGUGAUACACCUCACCAUCUGAAGAACAAACGCAUUAAUCUUGUUGAUUCUCAGAAAGAUCAUGAAAAAGUCUUGGCCAUUUUAGCUCAGGCUGAAAAGAAAGAUUAUUCUGAUGGUUCUCCCUCAUUAAACUCAUCUCCUUUGCCUCAAGAUCUAGAUAAAGAUCAUUCUGCACUUAAUGGUUUGCCCAAAUCAGCUGAUUUACCAGAAUGUGAAAUGGAGAUCAUUAUCAGAAAGACAGCAUCUGGUCUAGGUUUAAGCAUAGCUGGUGGUAUAGGAUCUACACCAUAUAAAGAUGAUGAUGAGGGUAUUUUUGUUUCUAAAGUGAUAAGCAAUGGACCUGCAGAAAGCGCAGGUUUAAAAGUUGGAGAUAAAAUACUCUCAGUCAACGAGAAAGAUUUAAAAAGGGUAACUCAUUUUGAUGCUGUUGAUGCUCUAAAGACUGCUGGUGAUACAAUGGUUAUGAUAAUAAGAAGGGAUUCUGUAGUGCCACCUGAAAAAUUGCUAUUAGAAUCACUUGUAAAUACAGAUGUCAUUGAAAAUGGAAGUCAAUCUGAAACCGAUCAUCCUGCUUCUCAAGAAGUUAAAAUCAUGAGGGAAGUUUCUCAAAAAUUGAAUGAUCAUUUGACUUCUAAACAGGUGAAAAAUGUGGAUUCUCUUGAUGAUGCAAAUGUAAAUUUUGUACAGAAUGAUAAAAAUGCAGCAUCAGAGAAAGCGCAGGCUGAUACACCAUCAAAAAAUAAAUUAAAUCUGACAAUUAAUAUUCCAAAAGAAGAGGAGCCACUUGCAAACAGUACAGAAAAUGCUUCGCCUUUAUUUAAAAAGCCUGGAUCAGGAGAAUUUGAUAUCAAAUAUGAGAUAUUGCAUACAACCCUGAUUAGAGAGCAGAAUGGACUUGGUUUAAGUAUAUCUUCUAGUAGGGAUGAAGCAGAAACUGGAGAUGGAAUUUAUAUCACAAAAAUAUCUGAAAAUGGUGCUGCUGCAAAAGAUGGGAAGCUACAAGUGGGAGAUAAAGUUCUUACAAUAAAUGGAGUUGAUAUGGAAGGUGCAAGACAAGAUCAAGCUGUGUCCCUUUUAAGUGGCUUAGAUCGUUUUGUUCGCCUUGUAGUUCAACGUCAAAAGCUUGUACCACGUGAUCCUAAUACUCCUCAUCUGCCAGAAAAGUCAUCCAUAUCCCUUUCAUCUUCUUCUUUACUUGCCCAAAAGUCUCCCAAACUUAUUGGACUUCCACGCCCAUAUACUCCAAAGUUUUAUUCUUCUGGUUCAUAUAUGGCUAACAGGCCCUCAUACACAGGGUCUUAUAGACGCCCUGAAUUAUCAUCAUCUGAUGCCAAGCCUACUUUUUCACUGUAUACAAAACUUCCAGGACUGAGAAAUGAUCCCAUCAGCUUGGAGCCCAUUUCUACAUAUUCUUCUAGCAAAGCACCUGUUAGUAAUGCAAAUACAGUAUCUAAUAAUGUUGAUGUAGAUAAAAAUGAAAAAGUUGAUCCUGUUAUAAAGGAGAAUGAAACUAGUGCCUAUGCAAAAAUCAAUUGUGUAAAUCAUGUUAAUUCUAGUGGAGAUGUUGAGGAAGUCAGUUUAGUAAAAGCAGGUGGACCUUUGGGCUUGAGCAUAAUUGGUGGUGGUGAUCAUGCCUGUCAUCCUUUUGGUGCUCAAGAGCCCGGAAUUUUUAUUUCAAAAAUAGUCCCUGAAGGUGCUGCAGCUAAAACAGGAAAGUUAAAGGUUGGUGAUAGGCUUUUAAAGGUCAAUGGUGCUGAUGUUUGUCAGGCUUCUCAUAAAGACGCCGUUAUGGCUCUGCUAGCACCAACGUAUGAAAUGACACUGACCGUCCGUCAUGACCCAUUACCUCAAGGAUGGCAGGAAAUUAUUAUAAAUAAGCAUCCAGGAGAAAAACUUGGAAUGGGUAUCAAAGGAGGAGUUGGUGGACAAAGUGGGAAUCCAAAUGAUUCUGAAGAUGAAGGGAUAUUCAUUUCAUGGGUGAAUAGUGAUGGGGCUGCUGGUUCAGAUGGCCGGUUGAAACCAGGCAUGAGGAUAGUUGAAGUCAAUGAAACCUCCCUACUUGGUGCUACAUAUCAAGAAGCCAUAACAGCUAUGCGCACAGCUUGUGAUACUGUCCGUUUAAUUGUCUGUGAUGGGUACAAUCUGUCAGAAUCCGAAAGAGUAGGAGAGAAAUCUGAAAAUAUGAAGGCCUCUCUAUCUUCAUCGUCCAUUGAUAAAGAGGAUGAAAUGAUGAAUGUUUUUAGGCAGGAGCAAGAAGUAUUAAAAGAAACUGCCUUGUGGGAAAAAGAAGACCUGGAAAAAAUGGAGCAAUUACGUGAAAAAACUGAUGGAUUAACUUUUACUGAGCAGCAAAUUCAGCCAUCUACAGUAGACAGUGAUGUCAAUUUUAACAUCAUUUCUGUUGAUGAAAAUAAAAUUGAAAAAGAAGAUGUAAAUAUUAAUUUGGAUCAAACUAUGUUCAGCACUCCAUUUAAGAAUGAUUUUGUAUCUCCAAAUGAUAAUCAGAGAGAUGAAAUGCCUUCACCUAUUAAUUUUAAUGCUGAAGAUUCUAAUCUUACUGUCAGCACUGACGAAUCAAUGGUUGAUCCUAUUCAAAGGGCAAAGCUGCCAGGUGCCAAACCUGUCCUGCCAAAAAUAUCAAAAGUGCCUGUUCCAAAAAUUGCUGAUCCAGAACAGUUGACAUUCAGUGAGAAAAAAAGGAGAUUUGAACUAGUUACAAAACAAGAAGAUGCAGCUAGUACUGAUGUAAAGCAUUUUAGUUAUUUUACUCCAGUUGAGCUGGAAAGGAUGAGAGAAGAAGAAGAGAAAAAACUUGCCUCAAUGACUGAAGAAGAAUUAAAAGACUAUCAUUCUGUUGAAGAAGAAGAGUACGAUGACAUCGUAAAUCAUGACAUUAUUUUAUUUAAUGCUCCAAAUUCCACUGCUGAUGAUGUCACUUACUCUAGUGUUACAACUGAACAGAUAAGUAAAAUACCUGUUCGAACAGCUAAAGCAGAGCGCAGGUUAAAAGAAAAACUCAACCAGAGCUCAGAGGAAGAAAGCAAUCUCACCCCAGCACAGCAGAGAGCCCUGCAUGCUGAAAAACGAGCAGCUUGGAGGCAGGCUAGGUUAAAAUCGUUAGAAGAAGAUGCAGUUAAAGCCCAGAUUGUCAUCACUAGAGCACAGGAAUUGGCAGAGGCAAGGUCUUUAGAAGAUGCUGAUGGACACUCAGAAAGUAAUCUCAAUCAUUGUACAAAAUUCACUUGAGGAGAGGCCAUUUGAAAAAAAAAAAA